CUUUUUGAAACUGAAUUAAAGCAAAGUGCGAAUAAAGUGCAGGAACUAAAGGACAAAGUGACAGAGCUGUUGGAGAAGAACCCCAACUCUCCUGAGGCACCCAAGUGGAGACAAAUGUUGGAUAAAAUAGAUUCCAAAUGGAAAGAGCUCAAUCAACUUACAUCUGAGAGACAACAAACACUGGAGGAGUCUUCAAAUUACCUGACUCAGUUCCAGACAGCAGAAGCUCAGUUAAAGCAUUGGCUUGUAGAAAAGGACCUAAUGGUCAGUGUGCUGGGACCGCUGUCAAUUGACCCUAAUAUGCUGAAUACACAAAAGCAACAGGUUCAGAUUCUGCUCAAAGAAUUUGACACUAGAAAGCCACAAUACGAGCAGUUAACUAUGGCUGGUGAAAGGAUUCUGAAGAGACCUGGUGAACAUCCACCCUCCCAUGAAAUUGUAAAAGAGCAACUGGCAGCUGUGGCAGAAAAAUGGGACAGUCUAACUGGACAACUGAGGAACAGACGUGACCGAAUUGACCAAGCCAUUGUGAAAAGCACAGAGUAUCAAAGUCUACUCAGAAGUCUGUCUGAUAAGCUAAGUGCCUUGGAUAGCAAAUUAAGCAGCAGCCUGGCUGUGAGUACACAACCUGAUGCUGUGAAACACCAGCUGGAAAUUGCUAGGGAAACAAAGGAGGAAAUAGAACAGGAAAAGAAGAAUAUAAAUGCAGCUCAACCUCUUUGUGAAGAGCUGUCAACACUGGUUGGAGAAGAGUAUUUGAAAGCAGAACUUACAAGACAGUUAGAUGGCAUCUUAAAAUCAUUUAAGGAUAUUGAGCAAAAAUCAGAUAAACAUAUUCAGCAGCUUCAGUCAGCCUAUGCCACUUCUCAUCAGUUCCAGCAAAUGUCUAAGGACUUUCAGGCCUGGCUAGGCAAAAAGACAGAAGAGCUGAACCAGGCUCGUCCUGUGUCAGCCAGACUUGAUGUCUUGCAGUCAAUAAUUGAAGAACAGAAAGAUUUUAAGAAGACCCUGACCGAUCAGAUGAGUUCAUAUGAAAGAAUUGUUGCAGAAGGAGAAAGUAUCUUACAGAAGACACAAGGAGCAGACAAAGCAGCAUUACAGUCCCAAAUGGCCACACUCAGAAUUAACUGGGAUGAAAUGAAUAAGCAGGUAAAAGAAAGGCAAGAUAAAUUAACAGAUUGUCUGGACAAAGCCCUCAAAUACAAGCAGCACGUAGAAAAUCUGCAGCCAUGGAUAGAGAAAUGCCAAAGCAACCUGUGUGAAUUAAAAGUUAGCAUAAAUCCUGUUGAAAUAGAGAAUUCUGUUGUUCAGGUGAGGGCUUGGCAGAAGGACCUGGAUAAACACCAUGGGAUGGUGGAGCUGUUAAAUAAUGCUGCUGAAAGUCUGCUCAGUGCAAGUCAAACGGAUAAAGAAAUUAUUCAAGAAGAAAAUAAGAUGCUGAAUCAGAAAUUGAAUGUGGUCACAGAACAAUUACAUAAGAAGAGAGAGUGCUUGGAAAGUAUGGCACAAAGGCUGAAGGAGUUUCAGGAAUCAUCCAGGGAAACUGAAAAACAACUUAAAAAUGCCAAAGAGCAUCUGGAAGCUCACAACUUGCUUGAACCUCAGUCACUGAGUAGCAAACACCUGACGAUGAUGCAGGCCCAGCAGAAAGCCUUGCAGACUUUAAAGCCUCAUGUUGAUUUAGCAAAAAAGAUUGCCCAAGACCUGGUGGUAGAAGCUUCUGAUUCAGCAGGUGUUUCUGACCUUUUGCUCCAAGCUGAAUCGUUGGAGCGAGAAUACACUGCAGUGAACCAGCAGGUUGAAGAGAAGUGCUUGUUCUUAGAGACAAAACUUCAGGGAAUUGGCCAUUUCCAAAACAGGAUCCGAGACAUGUUCUCUCAGUUUGCAGAGUUUGAUGAUGAACUUGAUAGCAUGGCUCCAGUAGGGAGAGAUCUCAAGGUACUUCAAUCACAGAGGAAGGACAUAAAAUGUUUCCUGAAAAAGCUGGAGGAUCUUAUAAUGAAUAAUCAAUAUGCUAAUAAAAACUGUAAAAUGAUGCUAGCCACAGAAGCUGAAGCUUCUCCUGAUCUUGUUGGCAUAAAAAGAGACUUGGAAGCUUUAAAUAAACAGUGCAACAAGCUACUAGACAGAGCAAAAGCCAGGGAAGAUCAAGUGGAAGGUACUAUUAACCGUGUUGAGGAGUUUUACAGUAAGCUACAAGAAUUUUCCAGUGUGCUUGGGAGAGCUGAAGAACAUGAAGAGUCACAAGGUCCUGUUGGAAUGGAAACGGAGACUAUUAAUCAGCAGCUGAGCACAUUCAAG